AUGGCUUCUCUUCCCAUCUUGAUCACUGUGCUAGAACAGUCCCAGGUUUCGCCCCCUCCAUCCACCAAAGCUCAGACGUGGCUGCCCUUGUCAUUUUUCGACCUGGCAUGGCUGCACGUCCAUCCCUUUCACCAUCUUUUCUUCUAUGAGUUACCACAGCUCUCUAAAACUCAGUUUAUUGAAACAAUUGUUCCCACUCUAAAAACCUCGUUAUCUAAAACACUUCUCCAUUUUUCUCCUUUUGCUGGUAAAUUGAUCAUAGAUCCUACAGGUACUAGAAAUCCCCAAAUUCGUUAUAUAGAAGGCGACACUGUCUCAGUCACGAUUGCAGAGAGUAAUCUUGAUUUCAACGAUCUAGUGGGAAAUCAUCCUAGAGCCUGUGAUAAGUUUUAUCCCCUUAUACCUCUCCUUGGAAAAGCUGAAAAAGUAAUCGAUUAUGUUACAAUCCCAUUAUUCUCCAUUCAGGUGACGUUUUUCCCUAAUAGUGGUUUCUCUAUUGGAACAACCAAUCACCAUGGACUUGGAGAUGCAAGCACUCGGUUUCGUUUUCUGGAGGCAUGGACUUCGAUUGCAAGAUCUGGUUCAGAUGAGUUAUUUAUCGCUAAUGGAAGUUUGCCAUUCUAUGAUAGAGUAAUCAAUCAUCCAGACUUAGAUGAAAUAUAUCUAAAGAGAGCAAAACUCGAUACUUUUGAUGAAAAGUAUCAGACUCGACGCCUUUCUGGACCGAAUGAUAAUGUCCGGACAACGUUGGUGUUGACCAGACCCAUCAUCAAUCAAAUGAAGAAAUGGGUAUCAACCCAACUGCCCACGUUACAACAUGUCUCAUCUUUUACAGUCGCAUGUGCUUAUUUCUGGAGUUGCUUUGCAAAAUUACGCAGUGAUGAGCUACAAGUUUUUGGCUUUGCCGUAGAUUGUAGGGCACGUCUGGAACCAGCGAUUCCUGCUAAUUACUUUGGUAACUGUAUAGCACCAUGUGGGGCGAUGGCAAAAACAAAUAUAUUAACUGAAAAAGAAGGAUUUGUGACUGCUGCCAAAUUACUGGGAGAGAGUUUAUAUAAGAUGUUGAAUGAUGAAGAUGGAAUCAUGAAAGAUGCCAAGACUUGGUUCAACUUUUCCUUCGAAGGGAUGCCAACAUUCAUAACUGUUACUGGAACACCAAAGCAUAAAUUUUAUGAUACUGAUUUUGGAUGGGGAAAGCCCAAAAAGUAUGAAACAGUUUCUAUCGAUUAUAGUGUGGCGAUUUCGUUGAACGCUAGCAAAGACUCCAAUGAAGAUCUGGAGAUUGGCGUGAGCCUUUCGCGUACUGAGAUGGAGGUGUUUAUUCCAAUAUUUAAUGAGGGAUUAGAAAAUUACAUUUAG